UUUUUUUUUUUUUUUGCUCCUUUUAGAUUUAAUCGAUUACUGAGCAGCAUCACCAUGACAGAACAAACGGACCUGGACCAAGCAGGGUGUUCUGCGGCAUUGACUCCUGAUACUCUGCAUAUUGACCUGCCGCAUGUUGAUCAAAUGGAAGUCUGUUAUACCAUCAUGAAAUGUUUAAUACAAAUCAAACCAAAGGAUUGGGAGCUAAUGGCCGAUGGCUUUGUGACCUGUGAGCUAUUGACAGAGCUUGGGAGUUAUUGCAUGGAUAUUAUCCAGACUCUUUCAGAGGCCAUCCUAGACGUCGUACUACCGCAGGUCUACAAAUAUAUGAAAACCUACGGCACCUUUGCUCCAACCGCCUUCUGUCUACCUGAGGACCGAAUCCAUGCCUACUUGGGGGAUUCUAUUGAACAGGCAUUGUCUAAAUGCUUGAAGAUCCAAGUGCAAAGAUUUACAGCCUCCAAGUUGUUUUGCAAGUUGCUUUUGACGCACAUUUCAAAGACAGUCAACUCAGUUUUGGCUUUGUCCACUCAGACUCCCAUGCUGGAGUCCAGACUCCCAGUGGUUUUUGUCAGCGGCUGUGUGUCUUCCAUUCGAGACCUUGAAGAUAUGGUUUCUCAGCUUGCCCUGAUACUGACCAGAGCCCUUGAAAGGCCAGCUCAAAAGAUGGAAAACGCUCCUACAAGCCAGACUGCAUCGAAUGAAGACAUAUACUCAAAAGGGUCCCCCAUUUUCUGUCACGGUUACAGACGUGACUUAAAGAAACUGCUGAUGACUUAUAUUAUCAACAUGGUGAAAUUCCUAAAAUGCAAUGCCAAACUGGAACACUGCGCUGAACAUAGCAACUAUAGAGAUAUGUGUAUUAGAGUUGGCACAAAUGCACAAAUUUUGUCUGAAGAAGACAGUGAAGCACACGGAAAGCAGUCUGCCAUGUCUUCCCACAGUGACUGGGAUGCCUUACCAGGUGCUGUGCCUGAAAGCAACAAUGACAAGGACAGCCCUUUCAGAUCAGUUACAGUAAUUUCCUCUCUAGAGUACCAUUCUCCUGUUUUGGGUUCCAGUGCGAUGGAUUCUAUUGCGAGCAUAGCUGACGAACUGGCAGAUCUGCAGAAGGCAGGAGAGACAGAUGGCGGUGGGCUGGAAGGCGUUGAUGAUGUUAAAUUAAGAGAACUCACAGACAGAAUCUUCAGUGUGGUAAUGAGUGGACGUGACUACCAGAUUCCAUUAGUGCAAGCUGGAACACGCAUGUGCGACACUGUGAUCUAUAGAAAGCUGAGGAGAGGGGACGUCACCAACCGAGGCAUAAUUGCUCACACCCUUUACGUGAGAACAGAGGAGGUUGUUACUCGUUGUGCUGUGCAGGUUCUCCUGUGGUCAGCAAUAUGCCCUAAGUCUGGGUUUUCCUCUCCAUACACUCCAGACCAAUUGUCUGAGCCGCUUGAUUCUAUGUUUAUAGACAGUUUUGAAGGAGGAGACCAUGUAAGAGUUGUUCCUCUUCACAAUUCUCCAAGUUUGAGCCAACACUCUGACAUCACGCACGAUGUAAUCUCUGAGGUGCUGCUGCCAUCGCAGUCAGAGUUGGUGCAGGGCAUUGUACACUUGUCCAUGCUAAGUCUGCUGGUUGGGGAGAUGCUCACUGUCAUCGGCAUUAGAAGCUCGCAAGUGAUUUGUGAGGUUACAAGGAACACAGUUCAACAGCUUUUUGGUGUGUUCCCUAUGAUGUACAACAAUUUCCAUGUCUCUCUGAUGGGCCAGAGUUAUAAAGACAUCUUGCAGACUGUCAUCAGUGACCUCCUGCAGGAGUUUGGUUCUUUGCAAGCAAUCCAGGCGCUGGUGACAUCAAGGGAUCCACGAUUUGGGGAGGCAGUUGAGAGAGCACUGACAAAACAACUUACAAUUCCUACAUCUGCAGUGCCUCAUGGAAAAGAAGGAAAGGAAAUGACCUGCAGUUUUUUCAAGAAAUUUAAAAGAUGGUGCUGCAAAAACACUGCGAAGAAGACUGGCAAGAACAACAUAUAUCUAAUCAGUGGCCAUGACAAUGACCAUUUAAGUGAAGACGAACCUCUGAAAGACCAAACAGAGCGACACUGGUGUCCAUUCAUAUGGCAGCUAAGGAAGACAUUUUCCUCCUUUGCUAGAGCAUUGGGAAGACCAUUUGUCACUUGCUUCUGCCCAGAGAGCGAGUAAAGCUUUGGCAUCAGUGCGCUGGAGUGGAGGAGUCCCAAUUAAAUGAAAUUAUAUUGGU